AUGCCAGUUCUUCCAAGCCAACCGCGAAGGAAACCCCCAGACUCCACCAAACCCACCGUCACUCCAUACCGGCACCAGAAGGAACGAUGUCAAGUACCGUUCCCCAACAAAGACGAUCCCCCGUCAGGGGUUGAGCUCCCCGACAAUGCGAUCUUUCAGGCCAUACUGACCGGUGCACCCCUUCGCCACAAAUAUUGGCCCAAAGACUUCAAUUCCCACGACUCUGUGAAUCAUCACCGCCGCCAUAAGAGGCCUACAGUGUUCGUUGCUCUCUAUGGCCAGUUUUGA